AUGGAACGUAUCGUAUGGUUUAUACUAGUUGCUAUAAUGGAGAUUCAUCGUUCAGAUGGUGGAUGUCCACGAGCAACAUUCGAAUUUUUUAAUAAUACAAUAAAAGCACCAUAUAAUUUUAUUGAUUCAUCUGUUGGUAAUAUUGGAUCAUUAGAAACAUGUCCUUAUACUGGCCGUCCAUAUGUAUAUCUACCAUGUUAUCCAAAUUCAUCAUGGGGAGAUGAACCCUACUUUAGUACUUGUUUAAAACCACCUGAUAAGAAAGAACAAACUACAAUUGCAAAUAUUCUUUUACCAUUAUCUUCUAUUAAUCAUCCAUAUGGUAAUAUGUCUAUUGAAGAAGUCGCUAAACUACCUAUGGAUACUUUCCAUGAUGCUUCUCAUGUAUUGUCUUAUUUAAAUCAAGAAACAAUAAGUUUUAAAUCAACAUCACAUAUUGCUUCAGUUGUAAAUAUAAUAGAUCAUUUAAUAUCCAAUAAUAAAAAUACGAAUAAUGAAGUAUAUUCUAAUAUUUAUUCAAUUGCUGAUAAAUUAUUAGCAUCAAAAUCUAUAAAAGAAAUGCAAGAAGCACAAAAAUCAAAUCGAAGUAUUGUAAAAUUAUUAUCAUCAUUAGAAAAAUUUUCACAAAAUUUAAAAUUAAAUCAAUCAGAUCAAAAUUUUAUUGAAAAUAAUCUAGCUGUAUCUAUUAUUGAUAUGCCAAAUAAUCGUACUAAACCAAUAGUUGGUUUUGCAUUUGGUUUGUAUUUUUAAUAUUGUUAUAUAUUUAGAAAAAAAAUUCGAAGAUGAGAAACGUCUAUGAUUUUGUCUUCAGUAAUAUCUGAAAGUGAUCGAAAUUAUUUUCAAAAGUUUUAUAUUCAGUUUAUCAUGGGAUUUUUUUCUAUUUGUGUUAAUAAAAAAUAACUUACGAGAGAAUACUGUCAAGUGUCGAAUUGUUUUGGAGUCCGGAUUAUUCGCUUAUCACUUACGGUAACUUUUAGAACAGUACCGUGGUUUCUUCAGGCAAACUCAUUUUUGAAUUUCGACUUGAAACUUUGUAGAAAGUCAUGUCUAACAGUUUCAGAUCUGGAUUCGAUCGAAUCGUAACUUUGAAACUUUCAAGAAGAUUUUCUAAUCGGAAUUGGAUAGUCGUUUCAGAACUCUUGACAGUUUUCAAAAGUGAAAGGAUUCAAAAAUUUGACAAACAGUUGGAAGAAGUCUGGCUGGCAAAAAGUGACUCAAAAAAAAAGAAGCUGUCGUCUUUAACUUGGCAGAGACUUUUCCGAUAACAGCUGAAUAUUUUCGUAAACACAACAUAAAAAAACGAGAAGAAUUAGCUCACGAGGGAAGGUCCCCAAGUGUGAGUCUCCGUUUCGAAUCGGGUAUUUGUUAUUUUGUAGAGCUCAAUGAGUACAGUACCCGCGUAUAAAGGAUUUCUGCCCAUGGUGAACUUUUCAG